AUGUCUUCUGAUGUUGUUUAUAGAAGCACAUUUUCAAGUGCUAGUCAUGAACUCAAAAUGCCUUGUCACCUUUCAACCCUUCUGGAGUGCUUCUUAGAAGGAACCUUCAACUGCCAAGUGCUAUAA